UCAUCAGCAGCAGCAGCAGCAGCAACAACAACAACGACAACAUUUCAAGGCAAACUAAAGACAAAACGAGAAGACCUUAAAGAAGAGUGGGGAACCAAAGGAAUGACACGCAUCCGGUUUGAAAAUUCCAACCAGAAACUGACAGAGGAGGAGGAGACGUAGACGAAGCGAGCAGAGAGAAGGAGACAAACCGAAACCCAAAAAAAAAAAAAAGAAACAGCAAAGCUGCUGCCCAAGGAAUUCAAACACUUGAAAUUAACAGAAACAGCAACCACACAGCUUCAUCUUCGUAAGGAUAGGAAAACAGGUCGAGGGAACGUAGGGACGAAAGGACGAUCGGACGAACGGACUGGUGGACGGGUGGACAAUGGAGCUAGAAUAUUUCAGAGCCGUCUCUCUCUAUCGCCGUCGUUCGUAUGAGCAAUGUGCAGAGAUGUGCAACGCCCUAUUGCAGUCUGGUCACGAAAACAAUGUUCAAAUGUUUGCCACCAACGAAAAGGAGGAUGAGGAGGAGGAUCAGGCAGCAGCAACAACAACUACGGCGGCAGGAGGAGGGGAAACUAACAGCAGCAGCAGCAGAUACGGUAGCAAUUUGCAACGCAUUGGCCCCAGGCGAAGAAACGAACCUCGACGAGCAGGUGGAGACAAUGCCAUGCCCACAUGGCUGAUGGAGGGCGUUUGGCAAUUAAAAAUGCGUGCCCUAACCCAGCGUGUCUAUUUGGAUGACUUGGAGGCAGACGAUGUGGCCGGCAAUGAGGCCCAAGAGGAAGUGGAAUUCGAGAGAAUAGCCACCGCUGCCCGACCAGGCAGUAGCAUCAAGACAGCUUUCCAGCCGCGUCCAUCGACCAGUCAGCUAAUGAAGAAUCGACAUUCUAGUGAUGGGCGGCUUAACAGCACCACGUCGAGACCCACUUCAGCGGCCGCAGUGGCUCGGCCGGGCACUAGUUUGAGUCGUCCUGGUUCGGCAUCUCGCCCGGUAUCACGUUGUGGCACCGCUGCUCGGGUUAGAAGCACCUCGGCCACGGCAUUCAAUGUGGCCGAUGCCACAUCAAAGUUAUAUCAGGCAUCCAGAUUGAAUCCAACCAUUUAUGCCGAACGUCAGACCUUGGUCAAGGCCUUGUUUCAAUUUCUCUACUAUCACGAGGCGGAUGUGCAGAAGGCCUAUUCCUUGUGUCAGGCCGUCAUGGAGGUGCAAAGGCAAAGGCCAUCGAAUCCCAGUGAGCCUUCACCCCGUUUCGAUUGGUGGUGGCAACAGCAAAUGGGCCGUUGCCUCUUGGCCCUCAACUACCCGCGACGUGCGGAGCCCUGUCUAUUGCAAUCCUUGAAUGUUUUUCCUCACCCGGACACAUAUUUGUUGCUAUCACGUGUCUAUCAGAGGCUUAAACAACCGGAAAGGGCUCUAAUUCUUAUUGGCCAGAUAGUGGAGCAGAGACCCUUUGAUAUCACCUACAGAUUGGAGCAGGCACGCGUCUAUCAGAGCAUGGGAGAACCGAAGCAGGAAGAUGCCUUGCAACUCUAUCGUUUGGUGGCCAAACUUCAGCCCAUAAAUAUCGAAGCAUUGGCCAAUAUUGCCAUGAACUAUUUCUAUGAUAACAAUCCGGAAAUGGCUCUUAUGUAUUAUCGUCGCAUCCUGUCGCUAGGCGUUCACUCUGUUGAGCUUUACUGUAAUAUAGCUCUCUGUUGCCUCUAUGGCGGACAAAUUGAUUUGGUCUUACCCUGUUUCCAGAGAGCUUUGGCCUUGGUAACAUCAGCAUCGACAUCCUCGCUGGCCGAACAACGCGCCGAUGUUUGGUAUAAUCUUAGCUUUGUGGCUUUAACUUCUGGUGAUUUCCUGCUGGCCCGAAGAUGUCUCCAGCUCUGUCUCACCUCAGAUGCUCGACACGGAGCUGCCUUGAACAAUUUGGCCGUAUUAUCUGCUCAAAAUGGUGAUGUAAUGGCAGCUAAAUCGUAUCUAACUGCCGCCCAAGAUGUGGCACCCGAUUCAUUGGAAGUAUCCAGCAAUAUUCAGUUUAUGGACUUGCACUAUAAGUUGUAA